CUCUCUCUCACACUCACUCACUCACACACACACACACACACACUCUCAGGCCUGGUGGUGGUCAGGCUGUAUGGUGAUCUGUUCCGGUGACUCUGAGUCGGUGUGAGACUGCAGGGGAAUAAACCCCCGGACUGGAGGUGGAGUCACGCGCGCGGGAGAUGAAAUGACCACAUCAACACUACAGAAAGCCAUCGAUCUGGUUACCAAAGCCACAGAGGAGGACAAGGCCAAGAAUUAUGAGGAGGCUCUGAGACUCUACCAGCACGCUGUGGAGUACUUCCUACACGCCAUCAAGUAUGAGGCUCACAGUGAUAAGGCGAAGGAGAGCAUCAGAGGGAAGUGUAUGCAGUACCUGGAGCGGGCCGAGAAGCUCAAGGCCUACCUGAGGAACAAGGACAAGCAGGGCAAGAAACCUGUGAAGGAGACGCAGAGCAAUGACAAGAGUGACAGUGACAGUGAAGGUGAAAACCCAGAAAAGAAGAAACUGCAGGAGCACCUGAUGGGUGCCAUAGUGAUCGAGAAGCCGAAUGUGAGCUGGAGCGAUGUGGCUGGAUUGGAGGGAGCUAAAGAGGCGCUAAAGGAAGCCGUCAUCCUGCCAAUUAAAUUCCCUCAUCUCUUCACAGGUAAACGCACUCCGUGGAGAGGAAUCUUACUGUUCGGACCUCCUGGAACGGGAAAGUCCUACCUGGCUAAAGCUGUAGCUACAGAGGCUAACAACUCCACCUUCUUCUCAGUCUCCUCAUCUGACCUCAUGUCCAAAUGGCUGGGGGAGAGCGAGAAGUUGGUGAGGAAUCUCUUUGACCUCGCUCGUCAGCGUAAACCCUCCAUCAUCUUCAUCGAUGAGGUGGACUCUCUGUGUGGCUCACGAAGUGAAAACGAGAGUGAAGCAGCUCGCAGGAUCAAGACAGAGUUCCUUGUGCAGAUGCAGGGUGUGGGGAACAACAAUGAUAAAAUCUUGGUUCUCGGAGCCACUAACAUCCCAUGGGUUCUAGACUCCGCCAUCAGGAGAAGGUUUGAGAAACGGAUCUACAUCCCGCUUCCAGACGAGCCGGCUCGGGCCGCCAUGUUCCGUCUGCAUUUAGGGAACACGCCCCACAGCCUGAGCGAGGCCGACCUGCGGCAGCUCGCGAACAGGACGGACGGCUACUCCGGCGCCGACAUCAGCAUCAUCGUCAGGGACGCGCUCAUGCAGCCUGUCCGCAAAGUGCAGUCCGCAACACACUUCAAGAAGGUACGAGGUCCGUCCCGUAGUAACCCCUCUGUGAUGGUGGAUGACCUUUUGACCCCUUGUUCCCCCGGUGACCCUGCUGCCAUGGAGAUGACCUGGAUGGACGUGCCUGGAGACAAACUGCUAGAGCCCAUAGUGUGUAUGGCCGACAUGCUGCGCUCUCUGUCCACCACUCGGCCCACGGUGAACGCUGAAGACCUGCUGAAGGUGAAAAGGUUCACAGAGGAUUUCGGACAGGAGGGCUGAGGAUCAACAAACACCUGCCCAUCAAUCAAACCCAAACCCCGCCCCCACAGACUGAGCCCGCCCCUAAAUCCCUUCCUCCUUCCCUAACAUGUCACUGUACAGCUGGACUUCCUGUGUGCAGUGCUGAAUAUGAAGGCGCAUUUACUUCUCCACAGUCAUGUGAGAGUGAGCGUGUGUGUGCGUGCUUGUGAGCAAGAGUGUUUGUGGCCUGUAGGACUGAUUGUGUGGCUGUAUUUAUAUGUGCAAACUCUCUCUCUCAUACACACAUAUACACACACACACACACACACACACACAAACACAGCACUGCUUAAGCUCAGUAUUAGUUAUUUAUUUAUUUUUGUCCCUCCAUUUCAGACUGUACCAUUAUCACCACUGAACUAACACAUUAAAACAGUGGUAUAAUAAUAAUAAUAAUAAUAAUGAUAAUAAUGAUGAUGACGAUGAUGAUAAUGAUUCUAUAAACAAUAAGCUCUCUAAGCCCAGGCGUAAAUCAUUAGCUGUGAUUCUAAUUUGGAGUGAAGUAACUAGUAGACUUUGGGCUGAAGUGUCACUAAUGAGCGUCUUGCCGUCUCUGCUCACCCCGGGACGCCUUGCACACCACACACUAUUGACCAGACCGCUACGGCUAAUUAACUGUAUUAAACUUAAUCUAAAUUAAAAAAAGAAGAAAAAAACAUUCAUUAAAAAUGUCUCUUUAAAAAAAA